AUGGGCAAUUGUUGCAGAUCUCCGGCCGCCGUCGCCAGGGAGGACGUGAAAUCGAACUUUUCCGGCCACGAUCACGGCCGGAGGGACUCCAGCGCCGGGAAGAAGGCUCCGACGACAGUGUUGACCGGCGUGCCCAAGGAGAACAUCGAGGAGAAGUACUUGGUGGAUCGAGAGCUCGGCCGCGGCGAGUUCGGCGUCACGUACCUCUGUAUCGACCGCCACAGUCGUGAGCUCUUGGCCUGCAAGAGCAUUUCGAAGCGGAAGCUCAGGACUGCAGUGGACAUCGAGGAUGUGAGGCGCGAAGUGGCGAUUAUGAAGCAUUUGCCGAAGAAUUCGAGCAUCGUGAGCUUGAAGGAGGCUUGUGAGGAUGAAAAUGCCGUGCAUUUGGUGAUGGAGUUGUGCGAGGGCGGUGAGCUCUUCGAUCGGAUUGUGGCGAGGGGGCAUUAUACGGAGCGAGCUGCUGCGGCGGUCACCAGGACCAUUGUUGAGGUCGUGCAGCUCUGUCACAAGCAUGGAGUGAUUCAUAGGGACUUGAAGCCCGAGAACUUCUUGUUCGCGAACAAGAAGGAGAAUUCGCCUCUCAAGGCCAUUGAUUUCGGCCUGUCUAUAUUCUUCAAGCCAGGUGAGAGAUUCUCAGAAAUUGUUGGAAGUCCAUACUACAUGGCUCCUGAGGUUCUCAAGCGGAAUUAUGGGCCAGAAAUAGAUAUAUGGAGUGCAGGAGUUAUACUCUAUAUUUUAUUGUGUGGGGUUCCCCCUUUUUGGGCGGAGUCUGAACAAGGGGUUGCACAGGCCAUUCUUCGUGGACUGAUAGAUUUCAAACGUGAUCCAUGGCCCAAUAUUUCGGAGGGUGCCAAGAGUUUAGUUAGGCAAAUGUUGGAGCCAGACCCAAAGCUACGAUUGACUGCAAAGCAAGUGCUUGAGCAUCCUUGGCUCCAAAAUGCUAAGAAAGCUCCAAACAUUCCCCUUGGAGAUGUUGUCAAGUCAAGGCUUAAGCAGUUUUCAAUGAUGAACAGAUUCAAAAGAAAAGCCCUGAGGGUUAUUGCGGAUUUCUUUUCCAUUGAUGAAGUUGAAGACAUUAAGGAGAUGUUUAAGAAGAUAGACACUGAUAAUGAUGGCAUUGUUUCAAUUGAAGAGUUAAAAUCUGGACUUCGAAAUUUUGGAUCCCAACUUGCCGAGUCUGAAGUUCAAUUGCUUAUUGAAGCUGUUGAUACUAAUGGGAAGGGAACCCUGGACUAUGGAGAAUUUAUUGCUGUUUCCCUCCACCUACAGAGAAUGGCCAACGAUGAACAUCUUCACAAGGCAUUUUCCUACUUUGACAAAAAUAGCAAUGGCUACAUUGAGCCAGAUGAGCUCCGCGAUGCACUGAUGGAAGAUGGGGCAGAUGAUUGUACAGAUGUAGCAAAUGACAUCUUUCAAGAAGUGGACACAGACAAGGAUGGGCUUAUCAGCUAUGACGAAUUUGUUGCCAUGAUGAAAACUGGGACAGACUGGAGAAAGGCUUCUCGACAUUACUCAAGAGGGAGAUUCAACAGUCUAAGCAUAAAACUGAUGAAGGAUGGGUCCAUAAAUUUGGGGAAUGAGUGA